CACCUCACCGCUAUAAUAAUCCGCUGCUCUCCUUCACCUCCCAUCGACCGCUCUAUAUACCAGUCCUUCCAGAACCUUCUUCUUCAUCUUUCCUCUCUCUCUCUCUCUCUCUCUCUCUCCCAUGGCGAGUCACGGAGAAUCGUCCUCGGCCGAUCCGAAAGCGAAAAAGGAUUAUAGCACGGCGAUUUUGGAACGGAAGAAGGCGCCCAACCGUUUGGUCGUCGAUGAGGCGAUCAACGACGAUAACUCCGUCGUCGCCAUGCACCCGGAGACGAUGGAGAAGUUGCAGCUCUUCAGGGGGGACACCGUCCUCUUGAAGGGUAAGAAACGAAGAGAUACGAUUUGCAUUGUGCUUGCCGAUGAUACAUGCGAGGAGCCUAAAAUCAGAAUGAACAAGGUUGUAAGGAAGAAUCUUAGGGUAAGGCUUGGCGACGUGGUUUCUGUCCAUCAGUGCCAGGAUGUGAAGUACGGGAAGCGCGUGCACAUAUUGCCUAUUGAUGAUACCAUUGAAGGCAUCACUGGGAACCUGUUUGAUGCCUUCUUGAAGCCAUAUUUCCUUGAGGCGUAUCGUCCGGUAAGAAAAGGGGAUCUCUUUCUUGUUAGGGGUGGAAUGAGAAGUGUGGAAUUCAAGGUCAUAGAUACUGACCCUUCUGAAUACUGCAUCGUCGCUCCUGACACAGAAAUUUUCUGUGAGGGAGAACCUGUGAAGAGGGAGGAUGAGGAAAGACUCGACGAAGUGGGCUAUGAUGAUGUAGGUGGAGUCCGGAAACAGAUGGCUCAAAUAAGAGAGCUAGUUGAACUUCCUCUUAGGCACCCUCAGCUCUUCAAGUCUAUCGGUGUAAAGCCCCCAAAGGGGAUCUUGCUGUAUGGACCACCUGGCUCUGGAAAAACACUGAUAGCUAGAGCUGUUGCUAAUGAGACGGGUGCGUUCUUCUUUUGCAUUAAUGGUCCAGAGAUCAUGUCAAAACUAGCAGGAGAAAGUGAGAGCAAUCUCAGAAAGGCUUUUGAAGAAGCAGAGAAGAAUGCUCCGUCGAUCAUCUUCAUUGACGAGCUCGAUUCAAUAGCUCCUAAGAGAGAGAAGACCCAUGGAGAAGUUGAGAGGCGCAUAGUUUCUCAGCUCUUGACUCUAAUGGAUGGGUUAAAGGCCCGUUCACAUGUCAUUGUGAUUGGAGCUACAAAUAGGCCCAACAGUAUUGACCCGGCUCUUAGAAGGUUCGGGAGGUUUGACAGGGAAAUCGACAUUGGGGUACCUGAUGAAGUUGGGCGUCUAGAGGUCCUUCGUAUUCACACUAAGAACAUGAAGCUGGCUGAAGAUGUUGACUUAGAAAGAAUUGCGAAAGACACUCACGGAUAUGUUGGAGCUGAUCUAGCUGCUCUUUGCACUGAAGCUGCUCUUCAAUGCAUACGAGAAAAGAUGGAUAUUAUAGAUUUAGAAGACGAGUCAAUCGAUGCGGAGAUACUUAACUCCAUGGCUGUCACAAAUGAACAUUUCAAGACUGCUCUUGGAACCAGCAAUCCAUCUGCCCUCCGUGAAACUGUUGUUGAAGUGCCAAAUGUCACCUGGGAUGAUAUUGGUGGGCUUGAUAAUGUUAAAAGGGAGCUGCAGGAGACUGUUCAAUACCCAGUGGAACAUCCUGAGAAGUUUGAGAAGUUUGGAAUGUCUCCCUCCAAGGGGGUCUUGUUUUAUGGACCUCCAGGUUGUGGGAAGACCUUGUUGGCUAAGGCCAUUGCUAAUGAAUGUCAGGCAAACUUUAUCAGUGUUAAAGGUCCUGAGCUACUUACAAUGUGGUUCGGUGAGAGUGAAGCAAAUGUCCGUGAAAUUUUUGAUAAGGCUCGCCAAUCGGCACCAUGUGUCCUCUUCUUCGAUGAGCUCGAUUCGAUUGCAACUCAGAGGGGAAGCAGUGUUGGUGAUGCUGGAGGUGCUGCUGAUCGUGUCCUGAAUCAGCUCCUGACAGAGAUGGACGGCAUGACUGCCAAAAAGACUGUGUUCAUCAUCGGGGCAACUAAUAGGCCCGACAUUAUAGAUCCAGCGCUGCUGAGGCCAGGUCGUCUCGACCAGCUGAUUUAUAUCCCACUACCUGAUGAGGCCUCUAGGUACCAGAUCUUCAAAGCUUGCCUGAGAAAAUCCCCAGUGGCUAAGGAUGUUGACCUUAGGGCCCUUGCUAAGUACACGCAAGGGUUCAGCGGUGCAGACAUUACAGAGAUUUGUCAGCGUGCUUGCAAAUACGCCAUUAGAGAAAACAUUGAAAAGGACAUCGAGAGGGAGAGGCGGCGGCAGGAGAACCCUGAGGCAAUGGAAGAAGACGACACCGACGAGGUUGCUGAGAUCAAGGCCGUCCAUUUCGAGGAGUCGAUGAAGUACGCUCGUCGGAGCGUCAGCGAUGCUGAUAUCCGCAAGUAUCAGGCCUUUGCGCAGACUCUGCAGCAGUCGAGGGGGUUCGGCACUGAGUUCCGCUUCGCUGAGCGGUCAGAUGCUGGGGCAGCCACCGCCGGGUCCGAUCCUUUUGCCUCGGCGGCUGCACCGGCUGAUGAUGAUGAUCUAUACAGUUAGUUUGUGAUCGGCCCGUAUAGUGGUACUUGUUGUCAGCUGUGUUCAUACACUAGCAGUAUAAUAUGUCCUUUGUUCUGAUGUGCUUUUCUUUCCCGACUGAAAAAAUCACACACAAUUCAAAAAGUUUGGGAUCCUGUAAUGGUGGUCGCCAUCAGCUGAACUGCUUGGGAUUAGAAAAUGUUGUUGAUGUUGUUGAUUUUAAAACACAAGUCACUCAAGUCUCUUUGGUGA